AUGUUUAAUACACUUAAAAAUUUAUUUGUUUCAUCACCAAAGAAACGUAAUGAAUCUGUAUUUUUAUCUUCUUCACCAAAUAUAGAAACAAGAAACAGGAUUGAAAAAAAAAUAUCUAAUUUUUCAUCAUCAUCAACUAAUAGAAAAACAUUAACUAAAUCCCCGAAGAAACUGACACCCAUUGAUGAAAGGAAAUUAAAGAAAAAGGGUAAAAAAUCAACAAAGAAUUUGAUAACUAAGAAGAGGCGAGAAUCAAUUGAGGAUGACUUUUUUUUCAAUUUGGAUACUUCACCAACCCCAGGUCCACUGAAAUUGACUAAAACAUCAUCACCUAAAGUACGAAAUAAGAUUGAUAUUAAAUCACCACUUCAAUUUCCAAAUCAGGGUUCACCAAUUGCAUCACCAGCACCUCAAAAAUUACAACCUGUUAGUGAAAAUUCACCGUCAUUUCAAAAAGAGAAAUCAACAAUAGCAAAUUCAAAAUCAUCAACAUCAUUAUUUCAAAAUCUACAACAUGUAAACGAAAAAUUACCAUCUCCUCAAAAAUCAAAACCAGUAAAUGAAAAAUCAGGCUCCUCAACUUCACUAUUACAAGGAGUUAGACCAAUAGUCGAAUUAAUAUCAUCACCAGCUCAAACACCACAACAUAGACGAAGUAUAUCACCGGUUCCCUCAAUAACACCAAAAAAGAAACCACGAAAAUCUCGAAAACGAAAAUCACCAAAACCACCAUCUCGAGAAGAAACAUUAAAAAUGUUUGAGGAAUUAACUGGAAUACAUGAAGAUCCAACUCAAAUAAAGAAAAGAAAAACAAUAGAAGCUAUGACUGAAGAGCAAUGGAGAGAAUAUGCAACGAAGAAUCCUAGGGUUCUUCAUGGUAUUCAAAUAAAUCUACCUCCUAAGGAUGAACAUGUCCAAUAUCAUAGGUUUGUGAAUGAAUAUACAGUACCGGCUUUUAGAAACGAUUAUGGUGUAAAGGUUAUUAAUGUUAUUAAUCGUCCACCUCCGAUUACUCAAUAUACAACAAAACAAGAAUUAAAUGAAAUAUUAACUACUUCAACACAAGCUUCACCUCAUACAAUAUUAGCUACUUCAACUCAAGCAUCACCUCCUAAAAUAACUAAUUCAACAUCACCUCCAAUAUUAGCUACUUCAACUCAAGGUUCAGCUCUCAAAAUAUCAGAAUUAAUUAAGGCUAGGAUUGCAAGAGAUAAAGAAAAACGUAAAAAGAAACUAGAAAUGGAGAAAGAGAAAGAAGAAAAGGACAUGAAGGAAAAGGAACUUAUUAAGAAUUUGAAAGAGGAAGAAGAAGAACGUAGACGAUUACAAAUGGAAAAUGAAAAACGAAUACAAUUGGAAAAAGAAGAAUAUGAAAAGAAACUACAAGUGCAAAAUACUCCAGUUGUUGCGCCAAAUGGGAAUCAUAAAGAACCUUCUCAAAUUAAUCGAGGUAGUGUUAUCAUUGAAGAACCACCUAAAAUUGAUCAAGGUAGUGAUAUAAUUGAAGAACCACCUAAAGUUGAUCAAAGUAGUGAUAAUAUAGUUGAAGAAGGAGCAGUAUCUAGAUUUCAAUAUCAUUCAUCUCCACAAUCAUCGCCAUUAAUUAAACAACCUGGAGAGUCUAGAAAUAUAGUUGAGAAAUUAUUACAGAAACGACAACAAGAAAAACAAAGAGUUGAAAAAGAUGAUUUAGAAAUACAAUAUGAUUUUGGUAUUGAAAGUCAACAUUCAAAAGGUAAAGAUGAAGAUGAAGAAAUGCAAUAUGAUUCUCACGAUCCACGAAUAAAAGCACGUAUUGAAAAGCACAUACGAGUCAGAGACCAACAAUAUAUUGAAAAAGCUCGAAAGAGAGAAGAUUCCGAAAUACAACAGCAAGAGUAUGGUUGGGGAAUGGAAAGUAAACGUUUACGAGGAUACUAUGAAGAUGAAGACAAAGAUAUGCAAGAUGUUACUCAAGAUUCACAAAGUAGUGGAAAUGAAGAGGAUGAUAUGCUUGAGGUUACUCAAGAUUCACAAAUGAGAGAAAAUGAGGGAAUCGAUAUACAAAAUGUUAUUCAAGAUUCUCAAAUAAGAGAAAAUGAGGCUAAAAAUAUACAAACUAUUGCUCAAGAUUCACAGAUGAAAGGAGCUGAAGAUGAAGAUAGUUUUAAAAUUAAAAAUUAUACUGAUGAUAGUCUUAGAGCUAUUGCUAAGACUACAGUUGAAAGAAGUUUUGUUGAAGAUUUAGUAUUUGGGAGCUCACCUUCAAAACCAUUACCUCAAGUUACAAAAAUUGAAUCAGUGGAUAAACAAGAAAAUAAUGAAUCGCCUUCAGAACCAUCACAAACAAAACCUGAGCCAGACGAUAAACAUGAAGAUAAUGAAUCACCUCCAAAACAAUUGAAACUAAAAAAUAUUGACCUUGUAGAUAAACAAGAAAAUAGUAAAGCAGAAGAAAUUGAAAAUGCACCUUCAAAACCACCACUAUUAACGACAACUAAGCCAGUAGACAAACAAGAAAAUAAUGAAUCAAUUGAAAAAGCACAACAUAAACAAAUAUUAAAAGAAGCAGCUAUGAGGAGAAAAAAAUUAGCUCGGGGUCAUCUUGAAUAUGGUCGAUUUACAGUUAGAUUAUUAGAUAGAUCAAGUUCAGAAGAAAUAGACACCAGUGAAAUACAACAAGAACAAGAUCAACAACAACAACUGCCAAAAUCAGAUGAAGAAAUUGAAAUUAGUGUAAUCCAGCAACAACGACCACAACCAGCAACAAAAUCAGUAUCAGAAAGUUAUAAAACAGCAGAAGAAGAAAUGGAUGAAGACAUAGAAAAUAGUGAUGAAGAUUUUUAUAAAGAUAUGAAAACAAAAAAAGAUGGAAUUAAAAAUAAACAACAUUCAGAUCAAAUAGAAGAAGAAAAUAAUGAAGUGGAUCAAAAAGACGGAGUUUCAAAUCAAGUAUCCGAUGGAGAUGUUUCAAUAUCACUUGCAUCAUCAACUCAAAUAAAAACAAGUAAUAUAAAUAAUCAUGAAACAAAAGCCGUUGAGAAUAUACAACCACCAAUUUUAAAAAAUCCAGAAAUAAACAAUCCAAAAUCAAACUCCGAAAUUAUUGGAAAACCCAAGAGAUCUAAAGCAAAUGCAUCAAAGGCCAGAAAGAAAGCUCGUCAAGCUAGAAAGAAAUAA